GGGAGGAGGAGGGGGAAGGAGAAGUAAUUUCAGCAGGUUCAGUCCUACUCAGUAAAGGACAGAAGUUUCUUCUCAGAAAUUAACCCACUGGCUUGCUGCUUAGAAAACACAUUUCAACAUUUUCCUUUUCAUCAGAAGCAAGCAAACAGUUAAUUCAGAAGGCUAAAGUUAACUUUGCUGGGAUGCUUGUGGCUUGCUCAUCUCUGUCAACUUUUGGAGGAACCAAAGUGUCAGCAGCUGUUCAUGAAUGUGUGCUUCCGCUAAUUGCAGACUCCCAGUUCGGAGAACCAACCCAGAGGUUUUCGCCAUUAGAGAAGACUUCCCAUCAACAUCCUUGGAGAACUUAUCCAGUCGUUUCAGAGGUAUGAAAAUGCCUCCCUGUCCACCUCAGCAAGGCAGGGCCAGGGCAGCUCUUCUGCCCCAUUCAGUGGGUGAACAUGGCUAUCAGAAAGAGAUGGAGUUAACGUGGCAAGAGAUCAUGUCGAUUACAGAGCUUCAGGGCCUUGAUGUUCCAAAUGACAGCUCAUAUGAUCCUACUUUAUACAACACUGCACCUCCAAUAAUGCCAGUAAAUGCCUAUGGGAUUGGUCAGACAGUUGUGGAUAAUCAGAUACCAGGCUGUAGCCAAAACAUUUCUCUAUAUGACAGACACUAUCCAGAGGUGAUGCCAGCAUCUUGCCAACGGUUGGGCACAAGUGCCAUGUCAGGUAUGGAAGCUCCUUUUGGACCAUCCAGUUACACUGGAAUGUUGUUGUCCUCUACAACUAACCAACCAGGAACUUCCAUCAUGGGCCAUUUAACCAAUAAGAAUAUGUCCCUCACAGGCUUGUUAAAUGACCCAACAAUUGAGCACUUGAACAUGAUGGAAAUAGGCACACAUGAUGGGUUGCCUAGCAACCAGCCUUGCAAGUCUCAAGAAGAUCUGGAGUCAGAUUCUGGUUUGUCUCUUAACUACAGUGAUGCAGAGUCCAUGGAGAUGGAGGGCAUAGACCAUGGGAGGAUGAGGCAAGAAUAUGGUGCAAUGUAUCCACUGGACUACCACGCACAGCAGCACCAGCAAUAUCACCUACUGCCAUCAAUGUCAAAUAUUCAAAUUGGCCAUGUUUACAGCUACCCAACUUCAGAGGUUUCUCAAGGAUAUGGGUCACAACCCAGCAGCAGUCAUUCACCUUUUGGUAAGGUAAAACAACCUACCCGCAUGGACAUUACCUGCAGCAGAGAUGAGCGUCGAGCCAUAUCAAUGAAGAUUCCUUUUGGUACAGAUAAGAUUAUAAACCUUCCAGUAGAUGAUUUUAAUGAGCUAGUAUCUAAGUACCAGCUAACUGAGUCUCAGUUGGCACUGAUCCGUGACAUUCGACGUCGAGGCAAGAACAAAGUAGCUGCCCAGAACUGUCGCAAAAGAAAACUGGAAAAUAUCAUCCAUCUGGAAAAGGACUUAGAACAACUGAGACAUGAGAGGGAGCAGUUGGUGAGGGAGAGAAGUGACUUUAAUAAAACCAUUUGUAUCAUGAAACAAAAGCUUAACAAUCUAUACCAGGAUGUCUUCCAAAUGCUGAGAAAUGAAGAAGGACAACCUUAUUCUCCAGAGGAGUAUUCCAUUCAGCAAACAACAGAUGGUAGUGUUUUCCUUGUGCCUCAAAACAAAAAGGAAAGCACUGAUGGAUAACAUUCAUACACCUAACAGAAAAGGACAUUAAAAUAUAUUUAUUUUUUUAAGCAACGGAAGUAUUUGUUCUGAUUCAAAUACAGCUUAUAUAACUAAGGGAAUACACAAAUGUGGACUGCUGUUUUCCAAGAUUUGUAUAUUUAAUUUGUAAUUUGUUUUUGUAUUAUGCUUCAAUACAGAGACCUACAAUUAUUCACUUUUGAAGCAGCGCAUUGACAUAAAUAAAAUAAAUGUUAUAUGAUUUCA